AUGUCUGCAUCGUCGAUCCCAGGUCUUCUUCUAAUCGGAAGUCUCCAACACACUCAGGAGGAGUGUGAGCGCCUCCGCACCAAGUAUGAUGUACUUCAAUUCACAGGGAACAGGAAUGAGUUCCUCCAGUAUUGCGAGCAAGGUAAAUUCGACCAUGUUGUUGGUCUCUACCGCACCAAUGCCACAAAAGAGACCGGACCCUUCGACGAAGAACUAGUCCUUUCACUACCAGCUUCACUCAAGUAUAUUGGUCUCAAUGGCGCUGGAUAUGACGGUAUGGAUAUAUCAACUUGUACGGAGAGAAACAUCCGUAUCUCGAACACGCCGAACAUCGUUGCAAAUGCCACAGCGGACGUGGCGAUGUUCUUACUUCUGGGUGCUUUGCGCCAUGCGAUGAUCCCUUUGCAAGCACUAAGGGAUGGAAGGUGGAAAGAGGGAGCGCCUCUUGGACAUGAUCUUUAUGGCAAGACUCUUGGCAUACUGGGAAUGGGAGGCAUUGGUCAGGCUCUCGCUCAUCGAGCUCGCGCGUUUGGAUUGAAAAUUAUUUAUCAUAAUCGCUCAAGACUACCCCAACAAAAAGAGGCAUCUGCAACGUAUGUUACUUUCGACGAGUUGCUCCAGUCAUCUGACAUCCUGAGUCUCAACCUCCCGGCUACCGCAGACACGCGGCAUACUAUCUCGCAAUCACAGUUCGAAGUUAUGAAAGAUGGUGUCGUGGUAAUCAACACAGCGCGCGGCUCUCUAAUCGAUGAAGCAGCGCUAGUUGAUGCUCUGAACAAUGGGAAAGUCCUAUCUGCAGGAUUGGAUGUCUAUGAAGAUGAGCCAAGAGUACAUCCUGGCCUCAUCGGUAAUAACCGUGUCAUGCUCUUACCGCACAUCGGUACGACGACUGUUGAGACUAAGCGGGAGAUGGAGUUGCUGGCAUUGAGGAAUCUUGAAUAUGCGUUGGAUAAUGGGGAGUUGUUGACGCCCAUUCGGGAGCAGUUCUGA